GGACGACGCACAUUUGUAGUUCGGAAUACGUAGAAUAUUUGUUGUGCACAGAUCUGCAUUUGAAGUGAAUGAAAAACAAACGCAAACCAUUUAUACCAUACGCUGCAAAUAUUAACAAUAUCAACUGCAGCGACAUAUCAUAAAUGGCUUACUUCGCCGUUUAUAUACCGCCAUCCAAAGCGGGCUUCGAGGGCACAUUGGCUCAGUGUGCGGGCUCCAUUGCAGCUAUAAAUGUGACUCUUUUGUCCGAGUCUGCAGCCGCCAGCGGAGCGGGCGACCCAAAUGCAUCCAAUUUCGAGGAUCCCGAAUAUCCACCCGACUCGCCGCUCUGGUUGAUAUUCACGGAAAAGUCCAAGGCAUUGGAGGUGCUGCGACAUUAUAAGGAGGCGCGAUUGCGCGAGUUUCCCAAUCGAGAUCAGGCCGAGAGCUACGUACAGUUUGGCUUCGAAAGCAUCGAAUCGCUCAAGCGUUACGGCAAGGCCAAACCAGCUAGCAAGCCGGUCUCAUUACCCCGAUCGUUGGGGGGAAGUGGAUAUAAGUCGCCGGCGUCGGGUAGCACAGACAGCAGUCCAUUUUCAUCGUCGCCGACAAUCGGUGAGACGCCUGGCUCAUCAGCAUUGACCGCGGCAAACAUCAUAUUGGCGAUGUCAAAUAGCAGUGGCAACAACACUGAUGGCAGCGCUAAUAUCGCAUCCAGUUGCAGCAACAGCAGCAGCAACAUUUCACUUAAUGCCGAACGUCCGCCGUUUCGGGCACCCAGCAAACAGGAGCUGGUCGAGUUCCGUAAACAGAUCGAGGCUGGAAAUUUUGAGCGUGUCGGACGCAUUGUUUGGGACAAUCCACGGUUUCUCAUCAGCAGCGGUGACACGCCCACCAGCCUAAAAGAGGGAUAUCGCUACAAUGCCAUGCACAUUUGCGCCCAAUGCAAUCAGGCGCGCGUUGCCGAGCUCAUAUUGAAGACAAUCUCAGAUCGCAAAUUUACCCAGCUGUAUGCGGGUAAAAAGAGCCGAGGCGAGAUGUGCGCCGCCCUCAAUGAGAAUCUCCUCGAUUAUUAUCUCAACAUGCCAGACAAAGGACGCGGCGAGACGCCACUGCAUUUUUCCGUCAAAUACGGUCACGUUGCUGUCGUUAAGGUGCUCACCUCCUAUCCACAAUGCAAGUCGCUUAUGAAUUCGGACGGCAUGCAGCCCAAGGAUAUAAUAUGCCAGCGAGCACAACAUGCCAGUCCGGAGGUGUUCAAAAAACUGGAGCUGCUGCUCUCGGAGCCAUAUUAUGUGCCCGUUCUGCGGGCAACGGGUAAUGAGGUGCCGCCGCAGAUUGGACAACCGUUUAUGACUAUUGAACCGCCGAUAUUAAAUCAAAAGUGCGACGAAUCGGGUAAACUCAAUAUGGAACUGAAGAUCAGUGCAUUGGCUGGACCCAUGCCGCGUGAGCAGGCAGUUAGUUUCUGUCGACGCUGGAAGACCCCGCCGCGAAUUGGUGGCAAUGCUGGGGCGCCAUUGACCAGUUCGCCCUACAUCUCACCCAUACGGACGCCCAACAAGUCGCUGCUCAACAAGAGUGCCAUUGGUCGGCGUUUGCUCUUCAGCCCGAAUGGCAAUCAACAAAAUCCCGAGCAAAAUGGCGAUGAGGCACAGCAGCAGCAGCAGCCACAGCAGCACAUAGAACACAACAACAAUUGCACAUACAAGGAUAGCUCAAGUCGGUCACAUCGUGCGCUGGAGUUGCCGUCGACACCUUUUCGGCAUAUUAACCCGGAUCUGUUUUUAAAUUAUCGUAGCAACACGUCAUUAUCGUUCGUGGAUAGCGACUUGGAUGAGUCAUUGGUGAUUGAUUGUUACCGCGAGCGACAUAUCAAGAAUUCGGAUAUUGAAAAGGGUCUUGAGAUAAUCGGUCGACAAUUGGCGCACCAGGAGAAUUUGGAGUGGCGCGAAUAUUGGGAUUUUCUCGAUGAUCUCGUGGACAUAUCAUCUAGCGAUGGAAUCGCACGCCUCGAGGCUUAUCUGUCAGCAAAAUCUGAGCAAACGCAGGCUUCGCUGCUGGCUGAAAAAUCGGAUCAGACGUGGAACUAUUCCCAACUGCAUCACUAUCUCGAUCUGGCUACCGACCGAGGCAAGACUGCGAAUAAUCCAGCAGCGAGUGUUGCCGGCAUCGCCAUUACCCAGGUAAUGACGCCCUAUACAUGUGUGGAGAAAUCGCUGCAGGUGUUCGCGAAACGCAUCACCAAGACACUGAUUAACAACAUUGGCAACAUGGUAUCCAUCAAUGAUACGCUGCUCUCCGAGCUCAAAAGACUGAAAUCUCUCAUUGUCAGCUUCAAGGAUGAUGCACGCUUCAUCACUGUCGACUUUGGCAAGGUUCACUCACGCAUCGCUCAUCUCGUCGCCAGCUACAUUGCCCAUUCGCAGGAGGUGAGCAACGCUGUGCGAAAUCAGCUAAUGCAAAUGCUGCGUAAACUGUUGCAGCUAUACGGCGAUAGACGCGAGCAUUUGCAAUGCGUAUGCGGCAGCAUGCUGCCAAUGCUGGAGCAGGUGCCAUUUGUUCGGCUGCCGGACGCACUUAAAACCGAGGAGCUGUGCUCAGCCGCCUGGGAAUUGGAGCAGUGUUGCAAGUGUGCCUGGGAUGCGAAUCUUAGUCGUAAGACGAGCAGACGCAAGCGUACCGAAUCUUUGCGCGCUCAAAUCCAAGAUUCGAGCAAGGCGGCCACAACGUCAACUGCUGCUGCUACUGCUGCUGCUGCUACUGCUGCUGCUGCUACUGCUGCUGCUGCUACUGCUGCUGCUGCUGCUACUGCUGCUACUGCUGCUGCUGUUGCUACUGCUGCUGCUGCUGCUGGAACUAUUCAUGCUGCCUCCAGUACAUCCAAUGAUCCGGUUCACGAGCUCAUUGACACAAUGCGUGUCUGUAACAUAAGCGACAAUGACAACAACAACAACAGCGACGAUGACGGAAACGAUGAUGCAUCAUACUUUUUGGAUUGCGUCGACAACUUUAAUGAGGACGACAGCAGCGACGAUGAGGCGAUUUUCAUGACACCACCAGAAAGCCGCACACCACGGCUCUCGUGUUGCGACGCGGAACCCCAAUAUGAACUAUUCAUAUUUGGCAAGGAGCCGACCAAGCGUGAUUUGGAUGUCCUCAAUGCUAUUUUCAAUGUCGAUAUCGAUAAGGAAUCGCUGCCGUUUGUGUAUGCCUGGCGUACAGCCAUGGAGAGCUUCUCCGCCGAGGAGAUGGAUCUCUUCCCCUCGCCGACAAGCGUGCAUAAAUCGCAUAAGUCGUCGUUCUUCAGCAUCGGCAGCAGGACACCCAAUCUGGCAAAAACCAAUAUUCCUUGCAGCAGCAUGGUUUCCGAUAGCGGUUCGCUGACACACACAUACAAAAAGCUGCUUCCCACCCCGAUGCUGAACGAAUUGGCACAGCGUCGUCAGCUUGGAACACCAUCGGCGCCUCCGAAAAUAAUGUGGUCGCCUCGACCGACCAGUUGCCAGAACGGACCUGUGCAUGAAAGCCCUUCGCCAAUGAACACCACGAUGCCGCCUGCAGCAGUUCCAGUGGCCAGCGAUCAUCAGACAGGCACCAUCGUGUCGACUGUAUUCCAUACGCCGUUUAAUAAGGCGCGUGGUCUUUUUUCUAAGUACCGCGAGACGCGAUAUGAGCCCAGUCCCUCAAUCUUCUCGCCAGAAUAUGUGAAUGUCCAGCUCAAUCUGUCAGUCACCGAUGAGAGUGAAUAAUUAAGAGCAGAUGCAUGAUGUUUAACUGCCUAUUAUUAUGUAAAUACUAAAUGUAUAUGUAGAGAAAAACAAAAUGCAAGAAAAAAAGCAAAAAACAAAA